UCGGCUGGUAGUGGCGAUGUCUAGCCGGUCCAAGCGGGAGUCUCGUGGUUCUGCCCGCGGGAAACGCGAAUCCGAGUCCCGGAGCAGCUCGGGUCGCGUCAAGCGGGAGCGAGAUCGGGAGCGGGAGCUCGAGGCGGCGAGCUCCCGGGGCAGCCCGGUGCGCGUGAAGCGGGAGGCAGAGCCUGCGAGCGCUCGCGAGGCCCCGGCGCCCGCCUACCCAGUGGUGCGGGUGAAGCGGGAGCGCGAGGCGGAUGAGGACUCGGAGCCUGAGCGGGAGGUGCGAGCCAAGAAUGGCCGCGUGGAUUCCGAGGACCGGAGGAGUCGCCACUGCCCAUACCUUGAUACCAUUAACAGGAGUGUGCUGGACUUUGACUUUGAGAAGCUGUGUUCCAUCUCCCUCUCCCACAUUAACGCUUAUGCCUGCCUGGUGUGUGGCAAGUACUUUCAGGGCCGGGGUUUGAAGUCUCACGCCUACAUCCACAGCGUCCAGUUUAGCCACCAUGUCUUCCUCAAUCUCCACACCCUCAAGUUUUACUGCCUUCCAGACAACUACGAGAUCAUUGAUUCCUCGCUGGAGGAUAUCACGUAUGUAUUAAAGCCCACUUUCACGAAGCAGCAAAUUGCAAACUUGGAUAAGCAAGCCAAAUUGUCCCGGGCUUAUGAUGGUACCACUUACCUGCCAGGCAUUGUGGGAUUGAACAACAUAAAGGCCAACGACUACGCCAACGCUGUCCUUCAGGCUCUGUCUAAUGUUCCUCCUCUCCGGAACUACUUCCUCGAAGAAGACAAUUAUAAGACCAUCAAGCGUCCUCCAGGGGAUAUCAUGUUCUUGUUGGUACAGCGUUUUGGAGAGCUGAUGAGAAAGCUCUGGAACCCUCGAAAUUUCAAGGCGCAUGUCUCUCCCCACGAAAUGCUUCAGGCAGUUGUCCUUUGCAGCAAGAAGACUUUUCAGAUCACCAAGCAAGGGGAUGGAGUUGACUUUCUAUCCUGGUUUCUGAAUGCCCUGCACUCAGCUCUGGGGGGCACAAAGAAGAAAAAGAAGACGAUUGUGACUGAUGUUUUCCAGGGGUCCAUGAGAAUCUUCACUAAAAAGCUUCCCCAUCCUGAUCUGCCUGCGGAAGAGAAAGAGCAGCUGCUCCAUAAUGACGAGUACCAGGAGACGAUGGUAGAGUCCACCUUUAUGUACCUGACCCUGGACCUUCCUACCGCCCCCCUCUAUAAGGACGAGAAGGAGCAGCUCAUCAUCCCCCAGGUGCCGCUCUUCAACAUCCUGGCCAAGUUCAAUGGCAUCACUGAGAAGGAAUAUAAGACUUACAAGGAGAACUUCCUGAAGCGCUUCCAGCUCACCAAGCUGCCACCAUAUCUGAUCUUUUGUAUUAAGAGAUUCACUAAGAACAACUUCUUUGUGGAGAAGAAUCCAACUAUUGUCAACUUUCCUAUUACAAAUGUGGAUCUGAGAGAAUACUUGUCUGAAGAAGUACAGGCAGUACACAAGAAUACCACCUAUGACCUCAUCGCCAACAUUGUGCACGACGGCAAGCCCUCAGAGGGCUCCUACCGGAUCCACGUACUCCAUCACGGGACGGGCAAGUGGUAUGAAUUACAAGACCUCCAGGUGACUGACAUCCUUCCCCAGAUGAUCACGCUGUCAGAGGCUUACAUUCAGAUAUGGAAGUGCCGAGAUAAUGAUGAAACCAACCAGCAGGGGGCUUGAAGGAUGAGUCUAGGAAUUUGCUCUGGGGCGCUUUUGGCUGAAGACUGUAAAUGAGAGUACUGAUGCUGCGGGUUCUUUGGGCAGCCUGAUUUUUCCGGAUUCUGGCUCACAUCAGAACGUCAGGGCUGCCCUCCUGGGAUGGCUUUGUGCCGUCACCCAGCUGGUUUUUGAUCAAUUUAUUGUAGAUUGAAGCUCCCUUCUCCUUCCUGUCUGGCUUCCUUCUAGCUUCAGCAGGCCAGAACUCUUAAAAACGUGUGUAAUUUAUUUCUGAGUGUCUGGGAGUAUCUGAAGGAUCUGAAGGACAAGGUAAUUUCUUUUAAGCAUCAAGCCUCAGGAUUUUAGGAAUAAGAGCUUGAAGCUGGUCAUAUCUUUCACCUAUUACAGGUAGAUGAUUCUCCUGGGGUUCCUUUCAUUUCUUGAUGUGUUUUUGGAUUAAAUAUAUUUCUGUUUUUAAACUAGCCUCUUGUUUUAUUUUUCUCUUAGGCAGCCUAAGGGAAGGGUAUAUUUUUUAAAAUACUUAUUCUUGGUGGCAAAAUUUACAAGUAAACAUACAUCCAUUCACAGUUUCUAUACAAGCAGUUGAAUGGCAUUGAUUACAUCACACUGUGUCAUUGUUCUCGCUGUCUACCCACGUUGUUUCAUCACAGUUGAUUUAGGAUCUCUACCCCUUAAAGUUCCCAUCUGUGCUUUAGAUGAACUUUUGUCAGUUUAAGCUCAUAUAGACAGUGCUCUACAAGAGUGCUAUCUCAAGGUAAACAUUCUUCACUAAUUUGUUUAGUGGUGUCUUAGUCAUCUAGUGCUGCUAUAACAGAAAUACCACAAGUGGAUGGCUUUAACAAAGAGAAAUUUAUUCUCUCACAGUCUAGUAGGUUAUAAGUCCAAAUUCAGGUUGUCAGCUCCAGGGGAAGGCUUUCUCUCUCUUUUGGCUCUGGAGGAAGGUCAUUGCCCUUAGUCUUCCCCUGGUUGAGGAGCUUUUCAGGACAGGGACCCUGGGUCCAAAGGACAAGCUCUGCUCCUAGUGCUGCUUUCUUGGUGGUAUGAGGUCCCCAAAUAUGUGCUUGCUUCCCUUUCUUUUUAUCUCUUGAGAGAUAAAAGGUGGUGUAGGCCUAGUUGGCCUAACCAAAAGCAAAGUUUCCUGAAUAAACUGAAUGCUUUGAAGGCCAUCGUAGCAGGAGCAGGAGUCUGGGGACCAUCGUUUCAGGGGACAUCUAAGUCACUUAGCAUAAUAAACUCUAUUAAGAAAACAUUCUGCGUCCCACUUUGGAGAGUGGUGUCUGGGGUCUUAAACACUUGCAAGCAGCCAUCUAAGAUGCAUCAAUGUGUCUCAACCCACCUGGAUCAAAGGAGAAUGAAGAACACCAAGGACACAAGGUGAUUACGAGCCCAAGAGACAGAAAGGGGCACAUGAACCAGCGACUACAUCAUCCUGAGACCAGAAGAACUAGAUGGUGCCUGGCUAUAACCGAUGACUGCCCUGACAGGGAACACAACAGAGGACCCCUGAGGGAGCAGGAGAACAGUGGGAUGCAGACCC